AUGGCCUCGCGUGUUUCCUCCAGCGCUCUCGACCCUUUCUCAGCAAACCCCUUCCAAGAGGUCACCAACCCAACCUCCAAAAAGCGAAAGACAUGUCACCUCGAAAAUGACUGGACCAAACGGACCAUUAGCAUUCGGGCCCAUGCCGCAUCCUUAUCCGAUGAGCCAUACGUCCUAGAACCAAUUGCCAUAGUUCCGCGCUGUCGGUUGCCAUUUUCAUGGCUGGAUUUCUCCCCCGCUUCGCUGUGCGAGAUACAGUCCGGCAGUUUAUUCAUUGCGGAUAUCCCCGUGUUGGAGAAUGAUCUGCGAACGGGGCCCGUCGUUCUGGCUGUACGACUAGCGUCUGAUGGUGGGCUUUACGUCGUCGAGCGAGUUAAAAAAGGGAUCUAUGCGCUCUCGAAGAUAGCUCGUGGUGUCGAAGAAGGGGACAUCGUUGUUGCUGUAAAAGGGUGGAAUUCGUCAGAGGUGGAACAGUUUCCUCGAUGCUUGUCUGCCAUUGAGGAGGGUGGUGACUGGUGGUUGAUGGCGCAAAUCGAUGACCCCGUCACGGAUCCUCACUUUUCUACCAAGCGGACCAAGUUUGAUGUUUCUGUUGUUUUCGGCGCUAUGGCUCACGAUGUACGCCUGCAAGAUGUGUCGCCAGUAGAUUCAGGUGAGAGUCGAGGUCAAUCUGUGGCACCUCAAGUACAUUUGGAAAGGGAUGUGAGCUCUGAUGUUAUCAUGCCUACCGCGGUGGAUUCUCAAGAGCAUUGUGGUGAUGGCGUCGGAACAGAGUUUAUAAGUGUUGAGUCUCUUCAAUCGCCACAGGAACUGCUGGAUCAUCUGAGGGAGCAAUAUCUGCAAGCCCUCUAUAUCUCGAAGACUUCUGUGGCAUACUUUGCUAAAGGUCCGUUGGCGCGUUGCCGUACGGCCUUUCAAUCGUCUGAGUUGGGGUCUGCUCAGCCCUCGGAGCUCAUUGAGUUUUAUCGGGAAGCUGUUCUUACGGCUAAGAAAAUGGAUCUCAAGUACCGGGAGACAUUGCCUUCGACUCUGAAAGACGUUGUACUCAGUAUUUCAGACGAUGAGUCGACGGUCAAAAAGAAGAAAAAGAUUAAGAAGAAGCUUGGAAAAAAUGGGCUUUACCCUACGGAGGAACGGUUUAUUCGGACGUGGUGGAAAGCUCGAGCGCUUGCAGACCAAGGAGUAUCAACCGAGACAUCGCGGGACGCGGAGCUGAAGAAGCAUGUUGCUGAUCUCCGACUACGAGAAACCCAGCUUCAGAUCCUUCUCAUUCUCGAGACGAUGGCGUUGGAAGCCACUAUGGCUGAUGAAGCAAAGUCUACUGAGGAAGGUGUCGGGCCCGACAAGAUGAAAGUGUCAAAGUCUAAGAAACUACAAGAUUUGCAAGUGAUGCUUGAACUGCACAUUGAUCGGCUGUGCAUUUGGCAUGCCGUUAGCUUCGACGAUGUUGCAGUCUCUGAUCCAAAUAAAGUCUAUGGCGAUCACGAGUCGGGGGGCAAGAAGGUCGAAAGUGAUGCCGUUCGAGACUUUUGCACCGAGGUCAUCAUACCCUUUUAUGCUUCACGCCUACCAGAUAAAUGCAAGUCGAUCACCAGGAAACUCGGGGUCCCCAGUGUGCUAUCGCCUUUCCCUAAGAAACCUCAGCCGAAGAAUGUGCCCCGAGCAGAACCUGGGGCGGCUGUUGAACGGCAACCAUCGCAAAAGCACCCUCGUCGUACAUUGCAACGCGUGUUAACGGAUGAGCAAGCUGCCUCUCAAGGACGUCGACAAUCGCUGAGUCGCUUCAAUACCAUGCCAUCACAGUCUGAGCGGGAGUCGAUGGAACCUCUGUUGCCUUCCUUGAGCGCUAAUGUACGAGGUGGUAUUCAGAAGGCCAAACGGGUUGACAAUCGUGAAGUCGACCUGAACGCUGUGGCCCGGCAGCACGAGACCAAACUGAGGAAGAUGCAGAUGCUCAUGGAUCAGAAGAAGGAGCUCGACGCCGCGAUCCAUGCCCUUCGGAAACCGAACAGGGAGCUUGUCGCCAAGGACAUUGCCGAAGAUGCUGAAAAGAGACGCACCGGUGGUAGCGCUAGGAAACCGAAGAAUCCUGUCCGCAACCCAUUCGGAGAAGGAGUACAGGUUGCUGCUACGCCAAAGGGCAGUCGAAAGAGGGACGCCAUCAUUGGUAUGCCUCCUCUGCCCCGAGGCAUGCCGAUGCAUUCAUCUACCCAACCCAAGGCAUCCUCAUUCUUUGGAGGUGACGGAUCACCUGUGGUCCCUGCUUCUACCACGCGACCCAACCCAUUUUCUAUCACUUCCAGCUCCAGAGACACGAACGCGAUCCAGGAGACCCCAACACGACGGCCAACUCAGCCGUUAGGACCAUUUGAUGGAGCAGGAGCAGGCGUGGCCGAAUCACCCCUUUCCUCCGGAAAUCUCUUCCGCGUACCUCGGCGCCCGGUGCCCCGGUCGGCCGAUAUGGCACCGACAACCCCCGUCGCAUCGCGGCGCACCAAGUCUCGUCCAGACAUGGUCACCGAACCGACCAAUUCGCUCGUGAUGGAAACUCCACCGAGACAGAGCCUACCAGUACCACUUAUCCAAACCGACGGGCCAGCAGAGGUAGCCGCAGACACGCCAGCGAAGGUGCUCGGAACACCAGUGAAGGGCUCUGCCAGAUUAUCCGUGCCGACAACCACAGCGGUGCCGGUGACACCCGAGAAAUCAAUCUAUGCGCACUUGGGAUGGGACGAUGAUGACGAUCUUGGUUUGUAA